AUGCCAUCCUCCUCUCCCGCUCUUCCGCCCGAACUGGAGCUGGUCAUAUUCCGCACAGCCGCCAAAGCCUCCCUGCACACCUUGUACACUCUCCUCUUCGUCGCGCGGCGCACCCGACUUUGGCUGGAGCCUCUCCUUUACGCUACGCUACGCUUCGGCCCCGAGUACAAAUCGCCUGAUCUGACCACCAUGGAUACUUCUCGACAGGCCUUUCUCGCUGACACUGUGCGCCACGUCAUCGUUUCCGGUUACAUCAACAUCCCACCCGUGGAACCCUUGCGUAUUUGCUCUAACAUUACACAUCUCGCCUUGGGCUUUUCCACUCAAGAUCCUGUCGUCCGCGAGGCGCUUCUACUGCUCCGCCACCUCCGCUGUCUGGCAUUCGACCCACGCGUCUGCCAACUGAUGCCGAGUGACGCCGCCCUGCCCGUCUUUGCCGGAAUCACGCGCCUAGAGUUGUUCUACGUGGUACCUGGCGCCACCGAUUUCUGCGCCGCUCUCCCGCGGCUGACGCACCUCGCGCUAAACACACUGGACGAGGGGGUGAUCAUAAAAAUCCUUGCCGCGUGCCCGCAAUUGUUGCUCCUUGUGAUUCUGCAGGAUGAGGAGAACCCGAUGGGCGUCCUGCCCCGCGCCCCCGAGGCACUCACACACGACCAGCGACUGGUCAUUACCGCAUACGUCGACUGGGACGAAGGCGCCCUCAACCGCUGGAACUACUGGGCCGUUGCCGAAGAAUUCCUAGCGCAAAAGCGGAGCGGGGCUAUUCCACAAACCCAAUUCGUCGCGGAUCGAGAUGAGACGUAA